AUGCCUCUCGUUUCCUCUGUUUUUGCCAUUGCGAUUCUUAGUUGUGUUCAAAUUGUGUCGUCACAGACUCUUACAUCAGCACCAACACCGACGUUGGAGCAAAAGGACAGAAGAGCAAAUCCCACGGUCAAUGGGAACAUUCCUACAUUCACUUUCAAUCCAAUCGAAUCCUACUUCAUCAAGGACCCUCAGAAUGACAAGCUUGAGAUGUUCCCUCGAGGCAUCUACGACGACUUUCCCCUGGUUGGUGUUACCAUAGCUUUUGGGCCGGAUCUCAAGAAGAGAAUCAAGGAUGCUAUGGGCGAUGAUUGCAAGGAAAAAGCCGAAGACUGCCGCAAAAGACUGACGCCAGUAUUUCACAACACUGACAUUGGCACACACUCCAAGCGGUUCAUACUAGUCACUUCUUUCCUGGUCGGUGCCAUCAUCAACGUGACAGUCCAGCUCUUGAUAACAGCCGCUGCCCUUGGGAUUGCAUGGGAGGCAGCUCAAAACAUACCUUCUGUCAAGUACGAGUACUCAGACUUGACUCAGAUCCAUGACAUGGGUAAUUCAGACACCUUCGCCAUCCAAAAAGGGCCUACCGCCGACCCAACGACGAUAAGUGCUCCAUCUAUGCCUGAUGCCCCGAAGCCUACUGGAAAGGACAAGAUCACCAUUGAAACUUUGACGUCGGAUUCGGGCGACAGGAAGAAAGGCGAUAUUGUAUACCACAUUCCCGAGGCCUCAGCCCGUCGGGUUCAGGAUCUCCUCGGUAUGCUGGGAGUGCAAAGUGUUGUCGACUCGUGUAAAGGCUAUGACCUUUUUCGUCCCCGGAAUAGCCGAGUGCGCCGUGCCGACACUGUUGAGGACUGCCUUCGGCAAGUUGCGAACAUGAUCCCUGAUCUUAUGGAAACCAUACCCGAAGAUGCUGUCCAGCUGGCGGAUCAGUUCAUCCCCCAGGCCCCAGCUGCGGGCCAAGCUAUACAGUUUCCCGUUCAAAACGCCAUGGUUGAGGGCGUGCAUGUUGUAGCGAUCUCUUACCGGAUCAUCAGAGUACGCGUCGGGGGCAGAAACCCUGCGGGACCAGGGGGACAGGCUCCCGGCUUCAGCAUGCGAUCUUUCCUCCAUAGUAACUUGGGAUAUGCCAUCUUGGCAUCUGCAGCCAUGAGCGCUGGUCAGUUAGUGGCCGACAUAUGGAUACCUAAUUCAGCCGUCAGCACCGAUAUCAAGGAAGACGAGUUUGCUUGUCCAAAGGACAUCCUGUGUGUCGACGAAGAGUGUGGCGCUCAGGAGGAUAAUAAGGAAAUAUUUGUGAGAAAUGCUUUCUGCAAGAAGACAAAGCAUAGAGGCUGCAAAUGCGAUCGCAUAAACUACCCUGACCACAACGAGGUUAUCUCGGGAUAUAUGGAUGAGCAGUACAAAUGGUUGGAAGAGCUCAUUGGCCUCUCGAAUGAGGAGGCGUCUUUACAGAUAGGUUUGAGAACGGUCGUCAGUCCUCACUUCGGUGGUGCCGAUGUUGACAACAGCUGGCGCUUUUACACUGCCAAUGUCGGCCGCGGCGUUGGAUGUGAUCAGAUAGGAUCAGAUGUGCCAAAUGAAAUUAAGCCUGAAGGACCGAGCGACCCCAAAAUGCCCGGCAACAUGGACCCGGAAAAGCUGCCGUGGCCUGCUGGCGAGUUCAAGCUCCUGGUUGCAGGCCAAGAAUGCCACUACAAGAACAAUGGGCAAAAUUCGGGACGACUCUAUUGUUCUGACAGAGAAAUCGAGUGUGUAGAAGAGGUCGCGAAAAGCAAGGGCAGUGAGAAGUGUAGCGCAUACGUUACAUGGCAUGCUGCUGUACAUUGCGAUUUCUGA